GCACUUUGAGUAACAGGCAGUCACACUGUGUCCUAAAUAAACCCUGGACCCUCCUACCUUGUCCUGGCUAGGGCUGGGGCCAGAGCUCGCUCUGGGGCUUUGAGGCCAGCACUCUACUGCCAUCCUCCCUUCACUGUCAGGCUCCUCAUGCUAGGGUCCUGGAUCCCCCUGCAGAGUAACUGGGAGAGAGCUUCACAUUCCAGCCUGCCCCUCCUGCUGAAACAUGACUGCAGGCAUGGGGCUUUGGGCUCCAGCCUGGGCCUCCUCAGGCUAAUGCUGUCUCUACUCUUUCUCCCUCUGGAGAUGAACAUCUGCAACAAGCCCUCUAACAAGACAGCCCCUGAGAAGAAUGUGUGGACCGCACCUGCACAGGCCAGCGGACCCUCCUCGGAGCUGCAGGGCCAGCGGUCCCGCCGGAAUGGGUGGAGCUGGCCCCCGCACCCACUCCAGAUUGUGGCCUGGCUGCUGUACCUCUUCUUUGCUGUGAUUGGCUUUGGGGUCCUAGUUCCCCUCCUGCCUCACCACUGGGUGCCUGCUGGCUAUGCUUGCAUGGGUGCCAUCUUUGCUGGUCACCUCGUGGUGCACCUGACUGCUGUUUCCAUCGAUCCAGCAGAUGCCAAUGUGCGGGACAAGAGCUAUGCAGGGCCUCUGCCCAUCUUCAACCGCAGCCAACAUGCACACGUCAUUGAAGACCUACACUGCAACUUGUGCGACGUGGAUGUGAGUGCUCGUUCCAAGCACUGCAGCGCCUGCAACAAAUGCGUGUGCGGCUUUGACCACCACUGCAAGUGGCUCAACAACUGUGUGGGCGAGAGGAACUACCGGCUCUUUCUACACAGUGUGGCAUCUGCCUUACUGGGCGUCCUGCUCCUCGUACUGGUGGCCACUUAUGUCUUUGUGGAGUUCUUUGUCAACCCCAUGCGGCUGCGUACCAACCGCCACUUUGAAGUCCUGAAGAAUCACACAGAUGUGUGGUUCGUGUUCCUGCCUGCCGCCCCUGUGGAGACGCAGGCUCCUGCCAUCCUGGCUCUGGCUGCCCUACUCAUCCUUCUGGGCCUGCUCUCCACAGCCCUGCUUGGCCACCUGCUCUGCUUCCACAUUUAUCUCAUGUGGCACAAGCUCACCACCUACGAGUACAUUGUGCAGCAUCGUCCACCACAGGAGGCAAAGGGGGCCCACAGGGAGCUCGAGUCAUGUCCCCCGAAGAUGCGGCCCAUUCAGGAGAUGGAGCUCUACAUGCGGACCUUCAGCCAUGUGCGCCCAGAGCCCCCUGGCCAGGCCAGGCCUGCCGCAGUGAAUGCCAAUCCCUCCCGAUUCCUUGCCACCCGCGGCCAAGUGGAGCCUCCACCGCCCUCCUCCUCAGAGACUCUCGCUCUGCCCCCCCGGAUACGACCCCAGAAAAAGAGGAAGCGGCGCAUGUAUAAGGUACCGACCUCUGGGACCUUAGACCGAGAGCCCCAGUUGUCCAGGCUGCCGGGGCCCCGGACCCGCGGCCGCCGCUCCAGCUCAUCGUCGGAUUCCGCGGACGCCAGCCCUGUAGGAGCCUAUCACUCGGCGUCAGCCGAGUCCUUGGACGAGAUCCCAGUGGCUCAGACGCGCCUAGGCAGCGCCGCUCUGGCCGCCCCGGUGGGUAGGCUCCGAGAGCCCCGGCUGGCGCUGCAGGGGCUUGCGCCCGCGGUUUUCGUGAGCCCGAGCAGCGGCGAGCCCCACGCGCGGGGCGGCCCGGAGGCUGAUCUGGCUUAGCUGGGCGGAGAAGCAGGGAUGGCGGAGGAGCGGCGGGACCGACUCUCUAUGCAAAACCCCAUCCCCGCCGCACAGAGUGCACUUUAGGGGCCCCUAAGGGCCGGCAGGAUCGGCCCCACUCCCCAUUCCACUACUCAGCAAUACCCACCCAACCAGCUGUGA